CAUUAUGCCAAGUCAACAUUUACGUCCUGAAAAUAUACGAACAUCUGCUGUGGGUACAAGACUUUGUGAAGCGAAGCAGCUGGUGAUAAUGGAGGCAAAGAGAGAAGGAGAAGUGGUUUGCGUCACUGGCGGCAGCGUCUUCAUCGGCUCCUGCCUCGUUCACCUUCUUCUCCGCCGAGGCUACACCGUCCACGCCACCGUCAAGAAUCUCGGGGAUGAGAAAGAGACCAAACACUUGGAAGCCAUGGAAGGAGCUGAAUCCCGCCUCCGUCUUUUCCAGAUGGAUUUGCUUGACUAUGAUUCCAUCGUCGCCGCCGUCACCGGGGCCACUGGAGUAUUCCACGUGGCUUCCCCUUGCGUUGUCGUUGAAGUUGAUGAUCCCCAGCGGGAGCUGUUGGAUCCGGCAGUUAAGGGAACUAUUAACGUACUGACUGCAGCCAAAGCGGUUGGGGUUCGGCGCGUGGUUGUCACCUCUUCAAUAUCGGCCAUGGCUACCAGCCCUCGUAAUUUGCCUGAUAUGGCUAAGGAUGAAAAUUGCUGGGUUGAUGAGGAAUACUGCAAGCAGAACGGGCUCUGGUAUCCACUUUCUAAAGCUCUGGCUGAAAGAGCUGCAUGGAAGUUUGCUAAGGAAAACGAUCUGGAUAUCGUCGUGGUGCAUCCUGGAACCGCGUUGGGUCCUAUUAUCCCCCCAGCUAUAAAUGCAAGCAUGCAGAUAAAUCUCCAAAUUCUUCAGGGCACUGAACAGCCUGUAGAAUUCUUUAUGGCAUUUGUGCACGUUAAAGACGUGGCUCUUGCACACGUACUGGUAUAUGAAAAUACAUCGGCCAAAGGGAGGCACUUGUGUGUCGAGUCUUUAUCUCAGUAUGAUGACUUUGCUGCUAAGCUGGCAGAACUUUACCCUGAGUACAAGGUGCCCAGGUCAACCAAGGAUGAUCAAGCUGGAUCAAUAACGACCAAGGGCGCAUCCAAGAAGCUGAUAGACUUGGGUCUGGAAUUUACUCCCUUGGACCAAAUUAUUAAGGAUUCUGUUGAAAGUUUGAGGAGCAAAGGAUAUCUUUCUUGAAACAUGGAACCAACUUUUUUGUGUAAUUCGAAAAUGUGAGAUGUCAUGCUGUUUGGCAUUCAUCACAACUAUUGUAUGCGAAUUUAGUACAUAGUAAAUUAGUGGCCCACAGCAUAAGGAUAUCAAUUUUUCAGUAGUUCCUGCAUCUAUGAAAAGUUUAUGGAGCACUGUGUGUAGAAAUAUAGUCAGUCCUAGUAGAUUUUUCUUUCUUUUCUUUCCUUUU